CAAAACAAACAGAAAAAAUGAAAUUUCGUACAAUAAUAAAAGAUGAUUUAGUGAUCCGACAAUUUGUCAAUAUUCUAAUUAGUUUCGCGAAAAUGGACAAAAAUAUCAUGAUAAAUUUAAAAAAAGAAAAAAUGGUCAUUUUUAUUUGUUGUGAAGAUGUACAAACGAAGCCGAUUUGUUGGAUGGACAUUGAAUCAUCAACUUAUUUUACGAGUUAUUUUCUGAACGGCGAUUCUCCGCAAUAUGAUGAGAUUUAUUUUGUGUUAAAUUCAUCGAAAAUUAUUCAAUCCUUGUCCGGCACCCAUCGAUGUGUGAAUUAUUUCCGACUAAAACUCGCCAAGAACCCCUUCGAGAGUCUCGUAAUCGACACCGAAGUCACCGGAAUCACGUCAAACCACAAAAAAACGAUGCAACUUCCGAUUUUGAUCAUUCCGCGUCGAAAUUGGAGCAAUUAUCAUCUCCCAACGGACCUGCAGUACGACAUGACUGUCAUAACGACAAAUCUGAAACGCGUGCGAAGCAUUGUCGAGUCCGCCAAAACUCUCAGUCCGGAAAUUACGAUUUGUAUUCAGCGCAACGGGACCAUGGGCUUCGUUUUGGAGAACGACGAAUUCACGACAACGGUUCAAAUGACGCAUUUACCGAUAAAAAUUCACACAAAAAGCCUCGAUGAAGUUUCUUGCGUCGUAAAUUGCCGAAAAUUUGCAGCAAUUUUAUCGCAACAUAAUUUUCCGCAUGCAACAACUUCCUUCAGUAUUCGACAAGAUCGCGUUUUUAAAUGCGAAUUUGAAGUCAAACGAAAUGUGAUGUUGACGUGUCUUUUGCCGUGCAUUUAUCUGGAUGAUGGAGAAUAA